CGCGACAGCUGUCUAAUCGAAUCGAUAUCGCAACGUAUCGAUAUCGAGAGCCAGCGCACACACAGUGCAAAAGAGUUUGCGAAAAAAACCUGGACAAAAAGCCAAAUUGAUUGUGAGCCGAGCAGCUUGAGGCACUAGGUGUACCCUCUUCGACCAGUGCCGUGGAGCCUCUAACCACCGUGGUUGUGGCGGCACCAAGAAGUUAGCGAAACCAUCGCCACCGCAGUUCUCGCAGCUUCCACCUCCUCCAACUCCGUCUUGGGGGCCAAAGGCAGAAAAUCAUCAGACUUCUGGUUGUAAGCAGCGCGGGGCAGCGGGGUCGGCACUGGCCUGCUGGGUUAAGCGUGGAAGUAAACAAACGAAUUGGAUUCCGGGUCCAGGACGGACGAACGGGGCGUGGCUCGUUAACCAGCGGCUUGGUAAACGAAACCAGAGGCGGCAACAAGUAGGCGACAGGCAUGGACGUGUCCCUCACUGAGCCGGAGACGCGCUUCUACAGUGAGUUGUUCCAAUGCUGCGACGUGGAGAAGACGGGCAAGGUGCCCAUGCUUAAGGCCACCGAGCUCUUUCGCUCGGCGGACAUCGCCAACGAGACCGUGAUUGAGAUCACCGGUCUGGCGGGGAUACCCUCCACGGCGCUACACAUCUCGCGGACACAGUUCUACUCAUGCCUGAAGCUAAUCGCUGCUCAUCAGGCGGCCAUGCCCCUGCGACAGGAGCUGAUCUUGGCCACGUUUCCGCUUCCAUUACCGCACUUUAGCUGGAAGGAGGCGGUUACAGCUCCGGUGGCUGUCGAAAAUGGAUUGACUGCCUUGCCACCGCCACCGCCCACAGAUCGCAGAAAUUCUCUACGUCGUAACUCGCAGCAAGAGCAACUGCAAGACACCUCUGAUGUGCCCAGCACCGACUCCGAGGUUGAGCAAAACGAAUCAGUGGACGAUGCGACAGGCCACGGACGAGGCACGGAUGGCUGUGGGGUCGUCAGCAGCAGCAGCCGCGAAAAUGUCGGGCGUCGACGAGGAGCCGGUACUGGUGGUGGAUCGCCAGAAGCCUGGAGCACUAACAGUGACAGCCCCACGCCCACCAACAGCGUGGCUGAGCGGCCUUGGGCGCAGGACACCCUCUGGCAGGGUUUGCUGGGCGAUGAGCAUCGCCAGCUGCUGGGCACGGAGGAAGAGUCUUCCGAUCGCCACAGCAGCGACGACGAAGACAACGAGAGCGAAUUGGUGACCAUUUACCAGAUAACCCCGGAACAGCGCGAGUACUAUAAUAAGCAGUUCAGGACGGUACAAAGGGAUCCGCAUGGUCUGCUUUCCGGCCAGGCGGCAAGAAAUUUCUUUGAAAAGAGCCGCAUUCCUGUGGAGGAGCUGCGUCACAUCUGGCAGCUGUGUGACGUUACCCGCGAUGGAGCGCUAAGUCUGUCUGAAUUCACGGCCGCCAUGCAUUUGGUGGUCCUAAGGCGCAACAACAUUCCCUUGCCCACAAGUCUGCCCCACUGUUUGCAUCCCAACGUGCUACAAGCGGCUGCGUCCGGCAGUGGACAGGGGGUGACAUCAUCGUCAUCGGCGGCGCUGCCUCAGGAGCCACCUGAGGCUGAUCUCCUGCACCUAAAUGAUGACGAUGAGGACGACCAUACGGACAAUACAAUCAUAGCAGGCAAUCUCAGCGGCGGCAGUGCAACCAGCAAACCGCGUCCCAAUGUGCCCAGCGACAAGAACAUCAUGAAUCUAAGCAGCAUCUCUACGUCCUCGCAGGCUAGCAACAGUUCCAGACGUGAGGCAACACCACAGAAUUCUUUGGGCAAGAACCGAAGCAUCUCAAACUCGCCGAAUGUGGAAAAACCUGUGUCGGGAACUGUUUCCACCACGGCAAACGCUGUAGACUCGACCAACGUCUCCAGUCAGUGGACAAAGUUUAGCGAAUCUCCAACAACAAGUGCUGUUUCGGUACAGUCAACCACUGGGGCAGCACCUGUCGUAGCUGCAGGAGCAGCCGCUCCUGGCGCCUCUAGUCCUGGUCUUAAGCCAGUCCUGUUUGACAUGAAACGCUCGGCCCAAGACGUGGUAUCCAAUCCGCAGAUCCUGCACCCAGUGCCACUAAGAGUGACGCCCAUAGGCACCGCCAUCGCUUCCUCAGCUGAGUCAUCUAACGACAACGAGAGCGCGGUGGCUCAGCGCGAGGAUAGUCCCAAGGCCAUCUCUUCGACUACUGUCAAUAAUCAGUCAUCUGCUGUUGUACCCGGAGUAUCGGGAGUCGCUGGCUCCUCCCACCGCGAUAGCAGCGAUCUGCGUGCCAUCCAACGGCCUCAAGCCAAGAAGCUGCCGGCCAAGAACAGUGCAUUGCCACCGCCACCGCAACGUGAGCCCAGUAUCGGAUCCACUGGGACAAGUGAGCCGCCGGAACCGCAGAUUGCCUACGUGGCAUCGUCUUUGGCGUCGAAGAAGGAGCCACCGCCCCUGCCACCGCCGAGACCACAUCGUCAUGCUCGGAGCAGCAGUCUGGAUUUAAACAAGUUUAAAAUAGGCGCAACGGGCGGUGCCCAACAGGCGGAGAUCACCGCGCAGGCCAGCUUCGAUAUGCAAACCUCAACGGGGUUUGCCGAUUUCACGCACUUUGCCGACGAAGGCGCCGCGAACGUCGUGGACGAGCAGCAGCUACACUCCUUGCCGCCGGCAGCACCACCGCCACAGGCAGCAGUGGUGCCGCCCACAAGAAUCACUCUUCAGCAGGCACAGCAGCGAGUUUCUGCUUUCGAGGUUUACCGAAAGCCGCAAACGCCACGUGGAUCGCAAUCGCCGCCCCAGCAACCGCCACCGCCGGCUCCAGCUGUGGGUUUGACCACCCAAACUGGUCAGCUGCCCAGUGCUGAGAGCUUUGAGAAGCGGGUAACCGCCAUCAGUGACUCACUGCGCCACGUGUCCUUCAAGCAGGGUCAGGCCAAUACCACGGAAGUGCUGCAACGGCUGCGGGAGCAGAACAACUCACUGCUCCACCUUUGCAACGAUUUAAGUGACGAACUUCUGAGCGUCCAGACGCGCAAGGAGGAGAUGCGUCUCAAGCUGGAGGGACUUAAUGCCAGUGAUAGUACAGGGCGAACGAGCUCCUCGAUUUGCGCACCGGUGACAGCAAACGUGACCGGCGGAUCCUCUGGUUCGGCAGGAGCUGCUUAUACCAACGUUUAAGCAGCGAAAAUGAUCAUGUGAAUGAGGGUGAAUCGAUUUAUUUUUGGGCGAUUUGUGACUUUUGUUUGCCUGUGUAUUUUUGCAACCAUUUUAAUUGUCUCGUACCAAAAUUUAACAUUCCUUAUACUAUUUUAUACCUUCUUUAAGCUAUUAGUAUAUUUCCCUCUUUUCUGCAUUAGACUGCAUUAAAUACAUAUUGGUCGAGAAAAUUUCAGAAAACUACGAAUAGGCUCCCCUUAAAUUUGAAUACUAAUUGAAAUUACCAAAAACGGAGAAAAAAAUUGAUAACGACCAAGUUUAAUAUGAAAGCCUCGGAUUUACGGCAAAUAGCUGAAAUGAAUUCAUGCUAUUAGUAUUAAUUCAUCUGUUCAUGCACUGAAAGAAAUCGAUUCACCUUUAUGUUAAACACUUAUUUUGUUGUUUCUGUAUGUUGCAAGCACAAUUUACGAUUCGAGGUGCUUACACAGCGAUAAGACUGGGCAAAUCUUUGAGUAGGCUCUUAAAAUAUCGUUGUGAAAAUAUUUACACAGUCUGCAGAUAAAUAUUCGCCAGAUCUGAAAGUUCCAACAGCUUCUAUGUACUACCAUUUGCUUACUCAAGAGCUUGCUCAGUCUUAGGCGGGUAGAAACACCAGCGAUGGAUCUGAUAGCUCGUCCGUUUAUGCAUUGAAGUUGCUAAUUUAAUUUGUAGGCUAGUUAAAUCUCAAGAACACAAAACAAAUCAUGCGAGAACAACAACAAUAAUGCCGCCUCUAUAGAUAUUUAUGCAGAUCGAUUUAUAUAUGUAUGUAUAUGUAUAUUUAGAGAUAUAUGUAUAUGCGCUUCUCCUAAUUGUUACGAGUAAAUGACACACAUUCUUUCGCUUGACAGCCGCUCCGCACUCCGUAUCUCACCCUCACCCUAGUGAUUAAUGAAACUGCCACAAAGUGGUCCAAUCCCAGCUGUAAUAUUUCCUGCUGCGAAGGCAUUUUACUUCUCCAUUUGCUAUUUAUUAAUGUUUUGUGUAUGCCUCGAAAAUGUCCCUUCUAUUCAUUCCGGCAAUGAAAAUUAAAAACAAAAAAAAAAAAACAUUAACUCAAAAAUAAGAACUACAAAAAACGAACCUAAAAAGAAGCCAGGCUUAAUAUUUAAGUAUUAGAAAAGUCAAAGGUAAAAAAUCGAUAAAGAAAUUCAUUUCCUUGAAAGCUUAGCUUAGGUUUUUCAAAAAGUAUAUACAUCUUAAUAUAUUUUCUAUCUGUAUAGUGUACACGAUAACACUUGAUAUUAUCUACAAUUACCAAAAUUUCUUUCUACCGAAACAGGAGACAAAUUUGAUUUACUCGGACCACUGAUUGUGUACGUAUGUAUAUGCUAACUUCGAAUUUAUCAGACAUACCGGCAUAUAUCACAUCUUUUGCAUACUUAAACCAUUAGAUAUAUGAGUUUUUCUUCAACUUGUUAUACAUUUUCAAAGACCUACCCACACACAAUCACACAAGAGAAACGAAACAAAAUGUAAUAUGAAAAGAAAAAGUGAUAUUGAAACACUAUGUAAACAUAUUAUUACGUCGCUGCGUAAUCAAUGUGUAUUGUUUUGAUGGAUAUACAUCUAUAUGAAUAAAGAUAAAUGUAUUAAGUUGAUGUUAAAAUGCAAUAAAACGAAAGUGCAACCGAAA